AGGGUUCAUCUCAAAGACAGGUGUGGUGGAGGGGCACAGAGACAGGACUCUUCACGAGGCAGGGGCACCUGGAGUUGGAAGGACAGGAACAUCGUCAUCUGCUUGGUAGAAGGAGGGGUAGGUGCUGUUUGCACUGAAGCUGGCCCCCAGCCCCAGGAGGGGAGCUCUUUAUGCACAAAAAGGAGGGGGCGUAGGGACUUUUUGAGGUCUGGCAACCACCCCACUGGGUCACAGCCCACUGAAUGGAAUAGGCUCGGGGCAGUGUUCCAUGGGAAUGAAAUGGAGUACCAGUCAAGAGCCUAGGGGUCCAUGCACACAAGACAGGGUGAGCUCAGAUUGCUCCCCAGUGCCCAGCUGUGAGGCUCCCCGCUAAAACUUCAGGGCUGGGGGGGCGAGGGGCAGGAUUGGACCUACCUGCGGCUAUCAUUCAACUGGGAAUGCAGAACCUUGCUUCUUCACCCUGGAUGCUCCCGAUCCCUGCUGGAAAACAUGAUUUGUGCUUCUGAAUCAGGGCACCUGUCAUCUGCCAUGGCAGGUGUGGUGUACUCCAGACAGGCCCCUGUGGACUUAGAUAUAUACCAGAGCUCUUACAUGAUUGACUAUCAACCCUACGGGAAGCACAAAUACUCCAGGGUCACACUACAAGAGCAAGUGAAGCUGGAUGCCCAGCUCCGGGACAAAGAGUUGUACAGGCCGAUCCCCAGCUCCAAGCCCAAGCUAGAGGAUGGGUACCCCGCCUUCAAAACUCCUCCCAUGACCGCCAGAGACCUGGGGCUCCCAGGCUUCUUCCCACCACAAGACCAAGACCGGGUGACCACGGCAGAGGGCGAAGGCAGGUUCACCGGUCUCUGCCAUUCCGUGUACCCAGUUUCCCACGCUCUGUACCUGGCCCAGGGCGAUCCCAACCGCGUCCACCAGAGCGCCCACUUUCUGUGCCUCCUGGAGCCCGAGCGCCAGCCUGCCGCCAAGGAGGGCAAAGGCUACUUCCUACUGCCUGGCUGCCUCUGUCCUCGUCACCACAAAGUCAAGUUCCCCGUCUUGAACCGAUGGGGGCCCUUGAUGCCAUUUUACCAGUAGGAAGUGUGGGGCACCCGCAGGGGCACUGUGGAAACCCUCCCUGUCACCAGGCAAUCCCCCACUGCCCUUGGAGAAUGGACAGGAGAAGUGAAAAUAAAGCCGUGGAAGAUGA